AUGACAAAUUUGAUACAGGUAUCACUGUUCGGAUUUAUUAGCAAUGGCUUAUCACUUUAUAUCAUAACAACAAAUUCGCAAUUUCGGAAUGCUUAUGGAGCUCUUUCUACCGUCGGUUUGCUGUGUAAUAUACAGACAUUAUCAAUUAUGCUAAUAUGGGAAGCUAUUGUUAUAAUAACUGGUUCUCGGGAAUUAUCAACACCGACAUCUUUCAUCGCUUUAAUACCCGGCUGCUUGGCAAAUGUAUCUUUUUACGGUUCACUAUUGGUGCAUUUCUUGCUUGCAGUGAAUAGAUAUUAUGCAAUUGCACAUCCUCUAAAAUAUCAUCUCUUUUGGUCUGUAGCAAAAGCUCGCCGAGCAGGAAUUAUUGGGUAUUUCUUCGGGUUCCUGCCAUGUUUUCCGAGCAUUUUUGGUAAAAACCAUGUACCCUCAUUUUUAAUAUGGAAUUGGAUUUCCGUUGGAGCUACGGAUAUACAACCUGUGGCUAUAUCAAUUCGAUGUUUGACUUAA